CAUCUCUUUUUUUUUUUUUUUUGGUGAGAGAGUCCAUCUCAUUUAAUCUCGAGCCCAAUCCGAAAGCAGACAAUUCUGAAUCGAAAAGGAGCCCAAGAUGGGGCAUGAUCCGGCCCAAUCAGGGCCCACUGCGAAAGCCUCUUCAUCGGGUCCACAAACUUUGCAAAGUUGUAAGUUCUUUUUUCCUCUUUCUUUCAUAAACAGCCCAUCACAGGGCGUCUUUGUUCCGAGUCGUCUCUCCGCUGAAAAAGAAGAAAGCCAAACUCAGAGAUUGCUUUGCUCGUCUCCCUCCUGUUGCAGUUAGAGUCGGAGGAGGAACUGCUGUCGCCGCCGGCUAGAUCUCAAUUGAACCCGAGAUCCAUGGUAAUGUUGAUUCCUCCCCGUUUAAUUUGGUUGAUCUCCUCUUUUCCAUGGUUGCUGUCGUGGGUCGCUCCUUUUUCUCUCCCGCGGUUCCGCUCCUGAUCGGAGGGAUGGGCAUAGGUGCAUAGCCAUAUCCUCGAUUGACAUUCUACAUACCGGAGUUUCUUAGACUGUCUUCUGGAAUUGGGUUUUAUUAACAUCCACACAAUUGAACUCAGCACGAUAAUGUGUUUCCUCGAGUUUGGUGUUGCUGAUGCUGAAUUGGGGCUGGAACGUUGUGGUUUGUGAUUUAGACUUAGUAAGCCGAGCUCCUAAAGCUCUGUGUCUAUGUAGAUGUAGCUUUCGUAAAGUAUUAAUGGUGUGUGGUUACGGUAUAGAUUAAACCUCUGCCUUUUGAUUGUUCGUGUAGGUUCUACUACAGCCAGACCCGUUUCUUAAUGAGCUCACAAGCAUGUUUGAGCACAGCACGGAGAAAGGCUCGGUUUGGGUCACUCUCAAACGAUCAUCCUUGAAGUCUAAGGUGCAGAGGAAUAAGAUGAAAACUGCUGGUGAACCUCUUGACUACCGGUGCCUCAUUCGUGCAACCAAUGGGAAGAAGACAAUCUCUACUUCAGUUGGGGCAAAGGAUCACCAGAAGUUUCAAGCAUCUUAUGCAACAAUCCUCAAGGCUCACAUGACAGCUCUGAAGAAGAGGGAAAGGAAGGACAAGAAGAAGGCUGCAGAUGCAACAACGAAUAAGAAAGACGGGGAGAGCUCGAAGAAGAGACCUAAGAAGGUGUGAUGAUGUUUUAGCCUGUAAAAUCCCAAUUAUCAAAAUUAUGUAGUUUGCGUCUUUCUUUUUACAAGGAGCAGAAGGGUUGAUAGGUUUUUUAGGGAAGAAGUACAGAAUUGUCCAUUUUGUUUUGGCGCAAUGCAGAUUGCUAGCAGGUUUUGUUUGUUUGUUUUGGAUUGAAUGCCCUUCUCCAAGGAUCCAUCUUUAGUGACUACAGAAUUUGGUCUGAUCCCAUUUUUGUGCAGCCACUUGAGGUAUCAAAACGAUAAUGACUUUGAAGAUGUUUCCUAUUUGACUUGAUCCUUCCUCGGAGUAUAAUGCCUUAUUACCGAUCAUCUUUGUCAGCAGGAUAUCCAAAUUUGACGACUAAACACAAAGUCGACUUGUUUUCUGUAUCAUUUCGAUAUCAUCAACCCUUCAAAAUCCUCACAAAUCCAGCCAUGCUACUAUAAUUAGUGGUAGUCGAGUCUGCCAAGGACAGAUAAUAAUCAAUGAGGUGAACA